AUGCUUUCCCCCAGGCUUUUCGCUGUUUGCACCCUUCUGACGAGCGUUUGCGCUUCGGUGUGCGCUUCGGUCACGACCUAUCCUCGGCCCGCCCUCUACUCCGCGUCGACUGAUUUCAGCCUCACUGUCGGGGGAACGUCUGUCCCCACUGUCAAGUUCUACGAUGGCUACGACUAUGCGCAGCUGUCCAUGGACGAGGGCAAGGACACCGAGUACAAGAUCACGCUCAGCAGCGGCGCCUCCAUUUCCUCGUACUCCAUCAGCCCCAAGAAGCUCAAGAUUGCGGCCACCGUUUCGGGUUCGACACUCACCUUCAAGGUCAAGAAGGCCUACUACCUCAUUGUCAAGAUCAAUAGCCUGAAGGAGUUCGUCAUUGUGGCCGAUCCGUCCGAGACCGACAAGCCUGCUUCCUCGGGGUCUGGGAUCUUCAAUGUUAAGGACUACAAUGCCGACAACACUGGCAAGACUCUCAACACCGGAAUUCAGGAUGCUCUGAAUGCUGGCAAGGGCCACAUCGUCUAUGUCCCGCCAGGUAUCUACCUCACCGGCAACAUUGUCAUCCCGGACGGCACCUCCCUGUAUCUCGCUGGAGGCUCAGUGCUCCGGUUCACGGGCAACCCGGCUGAUUACAAAAACAUGUACUACAAGCCCGGUCUCGGUUAUGGUACUUGGUGGAUCUCCACGGCCAUCAACUCCAAUAACAUCAAGAUCUACGGUCGCGGAACGCUCGACGCCAAUGGCUACGGCUACCAGAACGGGAGGAAUGUUUCUCAAGCUCUUGUCCCAGCCGGGACCCAGAACUUCGUCGCCGACGGUCUCCUGAUCCGCGAGAGCUCCUUCUGGACCGUUGUCCCCACCCAGAGCAACAACGUCUACCUGAACAAUCUGAAGAUGCUGAACCGCAUCGACAUGAAGCAGAACGACGGGAUUGAUGUUGUAGAGUCGACAAAUGUCUUCACGACACGAGCUAUCGCCAUCGCACAUGACGACAGCUUCAGCACCAAGACAUGGCCCGAGGAUGACAACGACAUCUUCAAGGCGUACCCAUACCCCCCGCGUCCGCUUUCCAAUGUCACCUUCACGGACCUGGUCUCCUGGACCCGAUGCUACAGCUUCAAGGUCGGGCAGGGUGUCUACAACUAUCAGCAGGGCAUCACCUUCCAGGACGGCGUCACCUACACCGCUGCCGUUGGUCUUGGCGUCGACCACAAGUUCGGAGACGGGGUUGCCCGGGAUCUCACCUGGAAGAACAUCGAGAUCGAGGCUCUCGCCGGCGAGAACAUGCCCGGCGUGGCUACGUGGAUGGCCAUCUUCGUCGAGAUCUCGGGCAGGGGUAUCGGACCCAUCGAGAACUCUCUCGUCGAGAACAUCCGCAUCUAUGACCUGGGUGCCAAGGACGCGUGGAUCAAGGGCUACAACUCUUCUUGCAAGGUCGUCAAUACCAAGCUCAAGAACAUCUACCUGAAUGAUAACACGACGCCGACAACCGACCUUAAGGCUCUGAAGGUCGUUCACAUGAACACUUUGAACACCACCAUUGAGUAA